AGCCUUUGCAAAGGUCCGAGUUCCUAAAAGCCCCCAUGUGAACGGAGCGAGAGAGGAGAGCGAGGAGAUGAAGGAGCGAUGUACUCUGUGGAGAUUAAAGUGGAGCGGGACAGGCUGACGGGGGAGACCCGGGUCCUGUCCACUAACACCACACUUCCUGUUGACUUCUCUCAGCGAGGGGUCAAAGUUUACGAGGACGAGAGGAAAGUGGUCCACGAGAUGAACGGAGAAGACGGCGUGCAGCUGCUCAGCGUCUCCGAGGUCGAGGAUCUCAUCCACAAAGCCGACGAGGCGUCCGUGAUGUCACAGACUGUCGCCACGGUGACGUCUCUCCCGACAGCCGAGGCGGCAGCAGCGCCGGUGGAGGAGGAGGCGAGCCCCGAGGCUUCGCCGCCGGCAGAGAUCAGGGGUCUGCGGGCCGAGCCGGGCGGCGAGCGUGGCCCGGAGGACGCCAGCGCCGCGGCGCCGCUCACCAUGGUGUUCAUGGGCUACCAGAGCGUGGAGGACGAGGACGAGACCAAGAAGGUGUUCGGUCUGGUCGGCACGGUGACGGCCGAGCGCGUGCUCAUCGACGACCAAGCCGCCAGCGAGGAAACAUCGCCGAGCGCCGCGCAGGAAGCUCCGCCUCCGCACGCCACCGACAAACCUACGGAAAUGGCCGCAGCGCCAGUGGGCAACGGGGAACCAGUGGCUGAGGAAGUUAGGAAAGAGAAGGAAGGGAAGGAGGGGAAGGAAGGGAAAGAAGGGAAGGAAGGGAAGGAAGGAAAGGAAGGAGUGGAGGAGGUGAAGAAGGAGAAGCAGCCGUGUAAGUGCUGCAGCAUCAUGUGACUCGAGUCAGCGUUUUGAUGGUUUACGACUUGACAAAAACUAAUUGACGGGAGACUUGACUAAAAUGUAACUUCAUAUAUUCGACUUUUUACAGCUUUUGUUGUUGAGGGACUUGUGUUUACUAAGGACUUGACUUGCUUGGGACUCGAGUGAAGCUGCUUCAAUUAUAAUCAUCUGAAAAACUAAAAGGACAAAAACUACAGGAACUAAGCUCCACCCACUGCCCUAAGCCCCGCCUCUAACCACAUGACAUCAUUUACUAUUUCUGCUUCUGUUUUUAUAAACCUUUCUUUAAUUUUUUUCUAUUUUCUCGAAGCCUUUUUACUUUUGUACUCCCGUAUGUUUCCACUUGUCUCCUCGAUGCAUUUGAUUAGCAUUAGCUUAGCAUUAGUUUAGCAUUAGCUUAGGCACACAGUCUACCCUAACUCUCUCUCUAUAAGCUCCGCAAUAUAAAACACUGGAUUAAUUUUAGAGUGAAGUAUUUAUUUGUUCCUCCUGCAGAGUUUCAGGAUUCUGUUUGUCGGAGAGUUUCAGCUUUUUUUGGGGUUUUAUGAAAGAAAAAAUAAAUAAAUAAACGUGAGGCGACAGACGGGUUGCAC